AUGGGACAGUCUUCUUCUACGGCUCGAGAUCCCCCUGAUAUCGUCUACCCGGAUUACUUGACACCUCACUCGGUACAGCGCGAACAUAGUGCGAGGAAUGAAGAUAUGAACAAUCGACAACCAGUUGAGCAGAACGGGCAGGCCGGAUCCUUGAAUGGAGCGGGGAUGUCUCGCUCAAAUGGGCAAGAAACAGGCUUGGAUGAAGCGAACGAAUCUACGGAGACCUGGCAACAACCUACUCUUUAUUCCGGAGGAAGUCCACAUCAGAUGCGGAGUAUCGAGGAAGAAGGAAAUGCCGAACUUCAAGAUGCCGAUGAACGGGCUUACCGUUCCGCGGCUAUUGCUCGGAUGGUAAGAAGACAAUCUACCAUGUCCAGACUGGGAUCUAGAUUACUGCCCAACUCGGUUAUUCGUGGGCUUCUAAAUAGCCAAGAAGAGACGCCUGCAGAAGGUCUUGCACACCGCCAUGGACUAGUGUCGAGAACACCCCCGAGGUCCGAAACUGGCCACAGCAGUGGUCGUUUUAGCCCCUUUAGUGCGCUGGGAUCAAGAGGAGUGACUCGUCGGAGGUCUACUAGAGGGCCUUACUUCAUUCCCUCGCGCGAGGACUCAUCGGGCACCUCUGAUGGCCCCAAUAACGAGCGGCGACUCCCUGAGCCCAAUCGGGCUUCUUGGCGACGAAGCGCACGUCUCAAUCGCGUGCGCCAUUCGAUAUCGACACCAAUAUCUCACAUGUUUGGCCAGCCACACUCUGAGUUAUCUCCACCUCAUGAAUACCCGCCGCAUCUGUCAGGAAGUCAUCAUCUUAAUGAACCAUUACCGCAUGAAAUGGACACCCGCUUAGACUGGAGAGAAUCAAUUGGGGAACCGUCACCCGAUAUGGGUGGAAUGGAGCCACCGUCUCUGACUGCAGGCCUGCCCGGUUCCGAUCAGCCGAACCCUGGCAUCAUGGGAGUGCGUCGACUCCCUAGCCUCAUCCGUGCACGGCCACCCAGAACCUUGCGACAACAAGAGCAGACCCCUCUUUCUAGAGUCCUACAAAUCGCGGCAGCUGCCAUUGCUGCUCAACUUUCUGGUACUACAGGCCCUGCUAUGCCGAACAUACAGGCAUUAGGCAAUGACGGACUUGACGGCUCGCUUGAAAACUUCAUACAGAGCUUACAGCAUGCUACCUCCCCCCAAGAACAACCUUCUUCGGUUGGCGGAGAAGGACCUAGUCACCCUCCAAAUGAUCGACCAACACCUCCGGUCAAUUUCUUGCGAGUCUUCCGAUUUGCCAAUUCAGAUUCCCCCAACGGCUCCAAUCCUCUUGGGUCAAACCCAGAGAACUCGGAUAAUCGCAGGUCUCCGAACGAUGGGGUAAAUACUGACGAACCACCAGAAGGAGCCGAGGGACGAACUGUCACGCUGGUUGUAGUUGGUGUUCGAUCUGUUCCGUCUGGCAACGGUGCCAACAGUGAUCAAGGGCCACCAGCCACCGGUGGUGCCGGUCUCGAUGCUCUACUCGGGUUGCCGUUCCUUCCACGGCCUCAGGAUGCACAAGGUGAUCUAGGACAAGGUACAGAAGGCCACCCGAGAAUGCCCGCUCCACGCCCUGGGAGCCUCGCCGGGGUCCCAUCCCCUAGAGUCCCGGACUUCUUGCGCCAAGCAGGUCUUAAUCCUUCACGCCGAAUGUCUGAUGCUGGACAUCAACCUGCGACUCCAGUUUACCCUCCAUCUGCGAUGUCCGAAAGCCCUCCCGGGCCUCAUCCCCCACCCUCCACCCCUGCCGAACAAGGCUUGUCUGCCGUCUCCUCUGGAACUUCAACCCCAAGCCGCAGACCUUCGUCUGCCUCUGCGUUGUCACCUGCGCUUCUACCUCAUUUACAUGAAGGGCAAUCCAUGCAGCCUCCCGCUGGACCGUCCGAAGACGCUGUUCCACUGAACGCCGCUCGCCAAAGACGACGAAGUGAUUCCGAAUUCGCCCGUCAUCGAGCUCUUGGGUCCGGCGGGGGUAGAAGUUGGCUCAUCUAUGUGGUCGGGACCAACCUAUCCGAGAACCAUCCAGCUCUGACCACGCCGAGCCUCUUCACUGAUAACCCUACAUACGAGGACAUGAUUCUUCUGUCGUCUCUUUUGGGUCCCGCCAAGCCUCCCGUCGCAAGUCAAGACGAUGUUAAUUCUGCAGGUGGCCUUUUCCGUCUUGUCGAGUACAGUGGGUCUUUGGUCGCAGAGUCAGUGGAUGGUGCAGGCGUCAUUCAGAUCUCCGAUGGAGAACGCUGCUUAAUCUGCUUGAGUGACUACGAAGUAGCCGAAGAGGUUCGUGAGCUGAACAAAUGUAAACACGUCUUCCAUAGAGACUGCAUUGAUCAGUGGCUGACUACGGGUCGAAAUUCAUGCCCUCUCUGUCGUGGCGAAGGUGUCCACGAAACCUCCAAUAGCGAAGAACCAGCAACCUCCGAACCACCUCCUGCAUUCCCAGGCACGGCCAUCUAA